AUGUGGCCGGGGGGUCUGGCGCGCCCACUACCUACACAUCCACUGCGUAGGUGUGCACUGAGUAAGCCCAGGGACAGCAGUGCCAAACCGAGCCACCUGGCACUGUGCCCGUCCGUGCCCGGAGCCCGCGCCUACCGUGACCAGAAAGGGCUGCACAUGGGAGAGCGCAUCCUGCCAUCGCGGGUGCUCGACGUGCCCUCCCGGGGUGGGCUUCGCUGGCCCAGGUGCAUGUGGCGUCGCACCAGCGCGCUUCCGCUGUCGAUUGGCGCUCGCGCGCGCGCGAAAGGCAGGGCUGACGCGGUGCUCGAAUGCCGUCGUCCACGUCAAGUCGCGUCGGUCGGCCACGCACACCGAGACGCGACCACACUCGCCGAGUUUCGGCCACCAUCUUGCCGAUUUUUUUUGGGGUGUGCGGGCUGGCUGGCGGGCUGCCUUGUUCGGUGGAAAACGCUUGCUCGUCGAGCGUCACAGACGGUGAGACACUGGGACGAGGUCAACAGUGGAGUUUGCUGGGGUCGACGAAAGAGGCUAGAUAUGGCCCGGGCUGAACCGAACGGUUUCCGUUUUAGCUCCCGUCGUGGUGGAGUCGGCAAUCAGUGA